AACUAAAACAUAGUCUUGCCCAAAUGAAAUAGGUUUGACACCUUUACGGAUGAAACCUUUAGAUUAUGAAACUGGGCUAUUAAUUAUCAAUAUCCCAAACCAUCUUCAAUUCGGAGAAAAGGGCUUUGAAAGGUCGAUCUCUGUAAGCUAAACAAGCGAGACAAAACUGAAAAAUGGCCGAAGACGAACGCAAGAAAUUGGAAAGUGUACCAAAAUCUGAACGAGAAGAGGCUGUUAAAGAGAAAGAAAAAGAAUCAAUGAAGCCAUGGGAGCAGCAUGCAGCAAUAAUAAGCAUACCUCGUUUCGAUUACAACGCACCUUCUGCUCUUCUUCAUAAUUCUCAUUCUGGCUUCCUCAUUACCUGCUCUAUCAAGAGGGAAAAGAGUGCCACCAAAGAAGUCAUGUCGAUUCUUGAAAAGUAUAUUGGGUCCUAUACUAAAGAUAGUUCAAAUGGAAGCCAAGGCAUCAAGAGAAGGAAAACAUUGAUGGGUGGAACAUGUGCUCAAGGCAUGGAAAGCAAGGAUGUAAGUGAGGAUCCAGAUCAGGUUUCAGAAGAGACACAUACUGUAGAAGAAACAGGUUUUACUCUUUCCUUGGUCAAGUUAACAAGGAGUGGGUUGCUUCUCCUAAACUUUGUUGGAGAAAAUUCUCCUGAUGCUACAGAAAUUGUAUCAAACAUUUUUCAACGUAUUGAAUCUGGGAGUCUAAAGUCACCCCUCUGGUGCCAUCGCAUUUUCCCUAUCCAAGCUACUUGUUGUUUGGAUGAGAAGGAACUGCGAACAGUUGUAUCAAAGCUUGUUCUGAGAUUCAUAAAUGACAAAGCAAACAAGUUUGAACGGCCCAUAAAGUAUGCAGUUGGAUAUAACAGGAGAGGUAUUGAAGAGACACAGGCAAAGAAUGUGAAAGAUACUUCAAAGGACUCCGCUCUGUGUUCUUUGUUGGACAGGAACAAAUGCUUUGAUGUUGUGGCCUCAGCAGUUAAAGAUGUUAUAUCAGAUUCAGCUGUUGAUCUUAAAUCUCCCGAGCUUUCCAUUCUCGUUGAGUUGUUGCCUCUUUCUGGAGUGCCAAACGGGUCAUUGGUUGCUGCUGUCUCUGUUCUUCCUCAAAACCUCGUUAGUGUAAAGCCAAGACUCUGCAUUAAGCCUCUGGUUUCUGAUGCCAAUGCGAAGAAAGGAAGAAGAUGAAGGUGAUUCUGCUUUACGUUUAACAUUUGUCACUAUCAAGAAUCAUGGACUGAGUGUUUAUGAAGCUAAGCCUGUCUAUUUCUUGAUUGCCUCUGAAUCACAUGUAAUUUACCUGCAUGUAUGUGAGAGGAUAGUCCAAUUAUUGGUGCACUUUUUGCUGUUAGAAUACUCUUUUUUGCAGAGAAAUCAUAAAGUUAUACUUUAUGCCU